AUGGAAACAAUUAAUGAUGGCACGACACACCGUGGCCUGAAGCCUCGUCAUAGCCAAAUGAUAGCCCUAGGGGGCUGCGUCGGAACCGGGUUGUUUGUCGGUACGGGAGCAACCCUGGCCACAGGUGGUCCGGCCUUUAUCCUCGUGGCCUUCAUCAUGAUGAGUAUCCUAGUAUAUAGUGUCGUCACGGCUAUCAUCGAAAUCACGGCAUAUUUACCCAUCAAUGGAGCGUCAAUGUCCUACUAUGCUUCUCGAUAUGUCUCCCCAAGUCUGGGUGUUGCAUUGGGGUGGCUCUAUGUCUACUCCUUAGGCAUUUUAGUCCCAUAUGAGAUUACUGCGGGAGCUUUGGUGAUCGACUACUGGAAUAGCCCUGUGAACAUUGGCGUGUGGAUCACAAUAUUCAUCCUAGUCAUCGUCGGUCUGAACUUUCUACCCGUAUCGUAUUACGGUGAAUCGGAGUUCUGCUUUGCCGCCAUCAAGGUCAUUACGAUCGCCGGUCUUUUAAUCCUGGCGUUCGUUAUCUUCUGGGGCGGUGGUCCGAAUCAGAAUGGCAUUCUGGGAUUUCACUACUGGAAGGAACCGGGUGCGACCGCUACCUACCUUGUCAACGGACCUACGGGGAAAUUCGUCGCCUUUGUGGAGACACUCGUUCUGAGCGCCUUUCCCUUUGUCUUUGCACCCGAGCUUCUCCUCUUCACCAGUGGGGAGAUGCAUAACCCCCAAAAGGACCUUCCGAAGGCUGGUCGCCGCUUCACUCUCCGUCUCAUCGUGUUCUACAUUGGCUCGGUCUUGGCCAUCGGGGUCAUGUGUCCUUACAAUGAAGAUGCGCUGAUCAACGGGGGCGAGGGAGCCAAGUCCUCACCCUUCGUCGUGGGUAUCCAGCAUGCGGGGAUCCAUGGCCUGGGAAGUGUCGUUAAUGCUGUGAUCUUGAUAACUGCAUGGUCAGCGGGGAGUGCCUAUCUGUACAUGAGUUCCCGAGCUCUGUAUUCUUUGGCGGUUGCAGAACAGACACCCGCCAUAUUCAAAAAGUGCACCAAAGACGGCGUGCCAUAUGUGGCGGUGAUGGCCUGUUCCUUGUUUUCGCUGCUUGCCUAUCUGAAUUGCGGGACAAGUAGCUCGACGGUCUUUCAGUGGUUUGUCAACAUCACCAACACGUCGGGCUUUCUCUCUUGGGUGUGCUGUUGCAUUGUGUACCUGCGCUUUCGAGCGGCUUGGAAUGCUCAGGGAAGACCAGCACUGCCCUACCAAAGCUGGGUUCAGCCCUACGGCGCAUGGGCUGCCAUGCUUUUCUUCGUUGUCUUAGCUUUGAUCAAUGGUUUCAACGUCUUCUUUCCUGGCCAAUUCUCGGCAGCAACCUUUGUCACAACCUACAUCGGCAUCCCGGCAUUCUUUGCACUUUAUCUUAUCCACAAGGUAUGGAGAGGACACUCCGAUCCUUGGCUUUAUCCGGCGAGUGAGAUUGAUAUCCAUGAAGGCUUGGAGCAUGUACAUGCAACGGUAAUUGGUAAACGAGCGUAA